AUGGCUGCCCUCAGCCCGUCCAUCUCGCGGCGCCCGUCCAUCAGCUCGCGCGUCUCCUUUGCCGUGUCCCACGCAGAGCAGGGCGAGGCCGCGGGCCAGGCGCCGAGAGAGGGCCAGAUCGAGGAGGAGAUUGCCGAAAUCAAGCGAUAUGAGGACUUUACAACGAUAGACUGGGUACAAGAUGCUGCGCGGGAACAGGCACGGCGCAAAGCUCGCAGGAAGCGCACGGCAGGCGUCUACAGGCUCGGCCAGCCCGGCUGGAGAUACCGGCUGUGGGAGUCGUACGACGCCGCGCAGGGAUGGAUCGUCGUCACCAUCAUCGGCGCGGCCAUUGGCCUGAAUGCGGCGUUUCUCAACAUUGUGACGGAGUGGCUGGCCGAUAUCAAGACGGGCCAUUGCACGACGGCCUUUUAUCUGAAUGAAAAGUUCUGCUGCUGGGGAGAGGACAAUGGCUGCGAGCAAUGGCAUCGCUGGACAGGCUUUGGGCCCCUCAACUACUUUAUCUACUUUGUAUUUGCGUCGUAUGCGCCAUAUGCAGCCGGUUCUGGCAUAUCGGAGAUCAAGUGCAUCAUUGCCGGCUUCGUCAUGAAGGGCUUCCUCGGCUUCUGGACUCUGCUGAUCAAGUCCAUCUGCCUGCCCCUGGCCAUUGCCUCCGGCUUGUCCGUCGGAAAAGAAGGCCCCAGCGUCCACUACGCCGUCUGCACCGGCAACGUCAUCUCGAGGCUGUUUGACAAGUACAGGAGGAAUGCGGGCAAGACGCGCGAGAUCCUCAGUGCCUGCGCCGCCGCGGGUGUCGCCGUCGCCUUUGGAAGCCCCAUCGGAGGCGUGCUCUUCUCGCUCGAGGAAAUGUCGAGCUACUUUCCGCUCAAGACCAUGUGGCGCAGCUAUUUCUGCGCCCUGGUGGCCACGGCGGUUCUCUCGACGAUGAAUCCUUUCCGCACGGGGCAGCUGGUCAUGUUCCAGGUCAAGUACGAUCGAGACUGGCACUUUUUCGAAAUCGUCUUCUACAUCAUCAUCGGCAUCUUUGGCGGCCUGUACGGCGCCUUUGUCAUGAAGUGGAAUCUUCGAGCGCAGGCGUUCCGCAAGAAGUACCUGACAAAGUACGCAGUGCUGGAAGCGACGCUCCUCGCGGCUGGGACCGCCAUCAUCGCCUAUCCCAACGCCUUUCUGAGGAUUGACAUGACGGAGAGCAUGGAGAUACUAUUUCUCGAGUGCGAGGGGGCAGAGAACUACCAUGGGCUGUGCGACAAGGACAAGAGGGCGUGGAACCUCGUGUCGCUCAUUCUCGCGACGGUGCUGCGCGUGUUCCUCGUCAUCAUCUCCUACGGCUGCAAGGUGCCCGCCGGCAUCUUUGUGCCCUCCAUGGCCAUUGGCGCCUCGUUUGGGCGAACCGUCGGCAUCAUCGUCCAGGCCAUACACGAGGCAAACCCGAGCAGCGUCUUCUUCUCCGCCUGCAAACCGGACGAGCCGUGCAUCACCCCGGGCACGUACGCCUUCCUCGGCGCGGCGGCAGCCCUGAGCGGCAUCAUGCACCUCACCCUGACCGUCGUCGUCAUCAUGUUUGAGCUUACCGGGGCGCUGACGUACAUUUUGCCCACCAUGAUUGUCGUUGGCGUGACCAAAAUGGUCAGCGAAAUGUUUGGCAAGGGUGGCAUCGCCGACCGCAUGAUUUGGUUCAACGGAUUUCCCUUCAUCGACAGCAAGGAAGACCACAACUACGGCGUGCCGGUCUCUCACGUCAUGCGGAGCUCCGUCGUGUCCCUCCCUGUGAGCGGGCUGACGCUUGCCGACGUCGAGCAGCUGCUGGCCGAGACCAAGUACCAGGGGUUCCCCAUUGUGCUGGACGGCAGCUCCAAGACGCUGGUGGGAUACAUUGGCCGGACGGAGCUGCGGUAUGCCGUGGACCGGGCGAAGCGCGAGCGGCCGGUGUCUCCGGAUGCAAAGUGCUUCUUCUCGCCCCUUCCGACAACGAACCAUGCGCCCAUCACGCCCAUCACGCCCAACUUUCGCGCAGACGUGACUGCCUCGUCGCCCCUGGACUUUAGUCGCUAUGUCGACGCCACGCCCGUGACGGUGCAUCCUCGGCUGCCGCUGGAGACGGUCAUGGAGCUGUUCCAGAAGAUUGGGCCCCGCGUCAUCCUGAUUGAGUACCACGGCAAGCUCUCCGGCCUGGUGACGGUCAAGGACUGCCUCAAGUACCAGUUCAAGGUGGAGGCGGCCGAGAACCCGAAAGACGACCACCACAUCACCGAGGGGCAAGAGCAUCUCUGGAGCGCGCUCCGCAGGGUGGGCUUCUGGGUGUCGAACUCGGUGUCGACGGUUUCGCGGGGUCAUAUCCGGCUCAGCGGGCAGUUUGACGAGGAGCGGCGGGCGGCGAGGCGCAGGGAGGGUAUCCUGGAUGGGGAUGAGGACGGGGUUGAUGAGGGGGUUGAGUUGGAAAGGAGAUAG